AUGAGUGAGUCGUUGGGCCGUCAGGACUGUAUCGAAAGCCUUCGAAAAGACCUCGUCGACCUUCAGGGUGCGACUCUGGACGUCUUUUCUAGAACCGGACCGGUCCGCUUUUCCUCCUGGAAGUUCCCCGAUAAACUCUCCUGUAACCUGGACAUGGUAGCCCUACUGGAGCAGUAUGACUUUGUGGAUGGGGAGGAUGAAUUCAAUCAGCACUCCCACAUUGUGUUACUGGAGCUGGUGAUUGACAGGCUACUGCUUCUUCUACAAAGCUUCAAUGCCCAUGUUGAGCGCUUGAGCUGCAGCCGCAGGAGGGAGCAAACCCGGCAGAUAGGAUGCCUCUCAGUUGGUCUUGUAGUCAGAAACUACUGGAGUAAUUUAGUUCGAUUCACCAACCUUAAGGGGAUCAACAAAGACAAAAACGAGACAAAAGAAAAGACAUUUGACUGUGAUGAGACAGGGUCAGUUUCGUCUGUCUCCCACCAAAUGAGCUCAAGGAGUGACCUUUGCAUACGCUGCUUGUCUGGCCAGGCUUCAACAAACUCCUUUAAUGUUUCACCACAAAAUCAUUUAUCCUCCAGUCCUACCCACAGCACCUCAGGUCACCCUAAAGUUGAAAGCCACAAUGCAAGUUGCCAGACAGUUCAGUCAUCCCUUGUUCCCUGCGAUGCAUGUCAUCAGGUGCAAAUCAUUUUGAGGCAAACAGCGGAUGCUCUGGUGGAACUGUUUCAGAGCGAGGGCCUGCCCUCAUCUCUGCAGCCACUCUUAGUAGCUGUGGAGGACACCCUGGAGAUGGGACAUAUGACAGCAGCUGAUGUCUCCCAGUGGGCCUGUGAGCAGCUCAGAGACAUACGCCGGCUGGCAAAGCAUCUUCAAGAUGUGCGGGGUACAGUGCAGCCCCUUAAGGAUAGACUAGUGGCAGCAGAAACGGAACGAGACGGUUUCAAGUCUCAGCUGGAAAGAAGACAGAAAGAGUUCAAGCAGGAGAUGGAAAAACACCAAGCAAACAUAGUGCAGCUGGAGUUUUCACUGCGGAAAGCACAGAGAUCCAUGAAAGAAACAGAGCAAAGGCUACAAGAGGAGCAACGACAACUCAAGAGAGAGACUCUGCGCUUGGAGGAGAAUAAUUCCAAACUAAAAGAGACAGUAACGAUACAGCAAGAUACUUUACAGGCACUUGAGAAUGAAAAGAAUGCACUGCAGGAGAAGGUGAGGACCUUGCACACAGAGGAGGAGGCCUGCUGUAAACUACAACAGAGGAUCCAGCAGUUAGAGAGUCAAAUCUCUGAAACUCAACUCCACUUCGACAAAGAGAAGGCGAAGUACCACAGCGCCUGUCGCCAGCAAGAGUCGAUGCAGGCAAAGCAGCAGUCUUUGUUAAAGAGAGUUGACGCUCUCGAUGAAGAGUGCGAGGAGCUGCAGAGGCAGCUGGCAGACAGGGAGGAGAGGCAGAUCGACCUACGCAACCAGCUGCAACAGAUGUCAGAGGAGAAGGACCAAACGUGGACUCAGCUCACUCAGCAGCAGGACCUGUGCUUAGAGCUACAAAUGCAGAAGCAGACGCUAGAAACAAACGUAGGCGAGCUGAAGAAGAGCGUGGCUGAGCUGAAGCAAUUCAUGCAAACCUUAAAUGAGAGGGAGAGACUGCUGGUGGCUUUCCCAGAGCUCAGCCCUCUGGCUCAGGCACAACCACAGAGUACAGGAAACGUUCUUUUGGACAUGGAGCAGCAAAUGCAGGCAAAUAGCAUUCGAAUAAAAGUUCUGGAGCAGGAAAACGCUACCCUGCACACCAGCAUUGUGAAACUGAGGGAAAGAGCGCAAAAUAAAGGCAGCAGGGUAGGACGGGAAGUCUCACUUCAGCAAACCUGGAGCCUCUCUCUGUCCACCAGCCCAUCACCAAAACAACAAAAUCACCCGACACAAACCCAGAAGAGUCGGCUGCAGAGCAGCAGUGCAGCAUGGGAUACAGGGGCAUACAGUGACAGAGCGGGGGAAGCAGGACGAGGGGAAAGUGGUCUGGAGUCAGCUGGGUCAGGGGAUCGUGUGUCCGCCGCCGCCACCGCUGCCCCUUCAUCCCUGCAGCUUCACCUUCAAACCCUCCACCUCGACUCGGGCUCCACUGCUGCCAAAAGCCGCACAACAACACGCGGUGGUUUCCUUCUCGAUCACUCCAGGAGCGUGAAUCAAAGGAGAAAAUGAAGGCGUUUGCGCAUUCAAACAGAAGUCAGCCUUGCAGUGGCAGAGAUGAAGAACACAGCGUUUUAUAAGGAAUAUUCCCCAACAUUAUUAUGUCUUACUGACUCUCACAGGUUUUUACAUUGUCAUCACACACACUUUUGACAGUCGAUCACCACUGUUGGCCUUGCAUCUCUUAUUACAUCAAAUGCAUAAUAAGCCUACUGUGUAGAAGGAAGACUGCUAUGAACAAAUAGGACACUGAAGCCUUUGCGCAUUAGCUUUCUGGAAAUGUGAUCUGCUUCUAAAGAAAUGUGUGGCUUGUACAACCUUGACUGACAAACAGUGACACGUAGACAGGUGUGUUGAUAGCUUUUAGCUGCUGUCUGACAAGGGUGGGGAGGUGUGGGGAGUUUCCAAGGAAACACAGGAUUCAUGCUCGGCCGACUCAACACAGACCUUUGUUUCAGGCCCUCUAAGAUAGUCUGUCUGUAAAUCCUUGAUAGUGCACCAAAACGAAGACCACAUGUAAUGCAGAUCACUGAGUCGACGCGGCUCAUGUUUGUGUUUAUGUCCAACAUUGAGUGGAAUUUUGAGAUGUCAUGAGCUCAGGUGAGUAACCUGAGUCAGGAAGCAGGGAGCCCGAGAGACUUAGCGUGUCAGAAAAACAUUUUGUAUUUGCUCUUGGAUCUUUGUCUUCAUUAACCUGACAAAUAAUGAAAACGAGUAAGUACUCGUAACUGACUGGCACUACAAGUCAUCUUCACUUUGAUCUGCUAUACCUAAAUGAGCACCUGAUCAAUACUUUCAGUCAUUCACGCGACAGCUUGUGCCCUGAGGGUCCAACCGCUAAUUGGGUUAAUCAUACAGUCAUGUUGUCAAGCAUGUAAUUGAAGUUAGUCUUAAGCCACAGAUGUCAGUGAACGUUACAUCAGCACUACGCCUGACUGGCAUUUAGUCAUGUUAAUCGAGAAGUGUGGCGGGCUGAAAUGUUCACUUCUUUAUUAUGUAAUAGACAAGUGAAAAAGAAAUGAUUCAUGUCUGUUCUGAAAUAAAGUGUAGCAAAGAGAGUUAUUGCACCGAUAAAAACCU